CAUUGGCAACACUAUCUUCACUCUAGAAACAUCCCCGAUCAGCAAUGUGGUCUCAAAAAUGUCAAAUGAUUUCGUACGCAAUGGUAUUUAUUUAUUGUUGUUCGUAAUCGAUCAUAUCUUGCACUGUUUAUACAUAUUACUCAGCACUGUGGUAGAUAUUGUAAAGUUGAUAUUGUAUUCUGUCCUGUAUACAAAUAUGACAGAGGGAACGAAGAAACGUAAACGGAAUUCGGCAGAGUCACAUAACCAAGUUGUUGUCAAUCGAGGCGUUAUAGACGCGAAUUGGCAGAAAUUUCUAUCAGCCAACAUAAUUAUGGAUAAGAAAGAAGAAAAGCCGCCCCAAAAAAAUCACUUCACGGGCACUUUCCGGCGUGCAAGGAAGAAAAAGCCGCAAAACCAAGAGAUUUCGUCGUCAGAGUACAUCAAUGGUGACAUGAAAAGUUUAAAUUUAGAACCUCAGCCGAACGGUGAAUUAAAAAAAAUCAAUGAGCCUAGGAAGCAAAAUAAAAUAACCAAAUUUUUGGCUAUGGAUUGUGAAAUGGUUGGAAUAGGGUAUAAUGGAAGUGACCAUAUGCUGGCUAGAGUGUCCAUAGUCAAUAAAUUUGGGGACUGUAUCUAUGAUAAGUUUGUGAAAGCGCGGGAAGAGGUCAAAGACUACAGAACUGAUGUGAGUGGAGUAAGGAAGGAAGAUUUAUUGAAUGGUGAAGAAUUUACCGUUGUUCAAAAAGAAGUCUCUGACUUAUUGAAAGGAAAGAUUUUAGUUGGACACUCUUUGAAAAAUGACUUAAGUGUGUUGUUUUUGUCACACCCAAAGAGGAAUAUUAGAGACACUGCCAGAUAUAAACCUUUUAAAAAGAUCACCAAAGGCAGCACUCCGUCCCUAAAAAGGUUGGCAAAAGAAAUUCUAGGUAUUGAUAUCCAGCAUGGAGAACACAGUUCAGUGGAAGACGCAAGAGCUGCCAUGCAAUUGUACUGUACUGUAGGUAAAAAAUGGGAAGAGAGUUUAAGCGACAAACGAGGGCAUAGGAAGAUUUCUAAUGAAUAAAAUUUUCGUCUAAUUUGGCUCAGCAUGAUUUGGCCGAAUUUUCGGAUUGGCGUGAAUCGGCCGAAUUUUCGGCUUGGCAUGAAUCGGCCGAAUUUUCGGCUUUGUUGAGAUGUUUUUAAAUGUCAACGUUGUUUUUAGUUUGUAAUCGGGUUUUCGGUGUUGCAUGAUUAGCCCGAAAUGUCAGAUGAUUUCAGUAAAUUGAGCCAGUUGAAAAAGAAAAUUAUGUUUGCAGAUUGUUUUCAUAUAACGAUUUUUUUUCUGUUUUUUCGGCUUUAAAUUCGAAUUACCAUGAAAAAGUAAGCCGAAGGGACCUUUGAACAAAAUAUUGUUCUUUAAGUCAGGACCUCGAAAUAUAAAAGUAUAUUAUUAAAAUUUAGACAUAUAUAUACUUAAUUUUUUUUUAUAGUACAAUAAUUAUAUUAUGUACAUUUUAUUCAAAUUGGAAUAUUUUUAUACUGAAAAAGUUCCAAUUUUAUCUGAAUAUUUAUGUUCAUUCCUACUAAUCAGAUGAAUUAAAAUUAUAGCUUGACCAAGAAAAUAAAAAACCUCAACAUGUUAUAGUCAAAUAUAGAACUAAUUUUUUUGUAAGUACCCACAAUGUUUAAAACGAAAAAAAAGUGGGGUCCCAGGUUUUUUAUUUUUCUGGUCAGGCUAUAAUAUAUAAGUUUUGCCAUUUUCAGGACAAUAAAAAAGAUCCAUACAUUUGUGUAAGUUUUCGUUUUUUGCAUUUAAUAUGGAGUGCCUAUAAUUAAAUUCUAAAAGCAAUUGUACAACAUGUAGUUAGAAUAAUUAAUAUAAGCUCUGCUUUAAAGUUAAUAUAGAUUUUUUAUUUUUUACA